AUGCAGUGCACACCUGAGUCCCAUGACGGCGUCAAACACCAACCGUGUUAUGAGUGUUUUGAUAGUGGCUACUCUGGUUCAUUCCAAAGUCCACAGAAAAUCAAUGGGUUUGACUUUGGUGGAUCUUAUCCUUCAGGGGAUUGCAAGAACACGCCCAAAAAGAAACUCAGACUUUCUCUCACCCCUAAGGAAAGUAGCGGGGUCAGAUUUUUGCACAACGAUACCAAAGGGGUUCAGCGAUCCUCCACUCUAAGCUGGUGUGAAACUCCCAAAAUAUGCAAAAGAGAUGUCUCACUGCGACAUAAACUUAUUAUGUGCAGUUCCACCAAAUAUGUCAAAAGUGACAGCACAAUGUCCCCGUGUGACGGAAGGUUGGAAUCCUCAAUUAGGACUGACCACCAGCUCAGUGUGUCCUUUGACUCUGACACUGCGCCACAGACUCCGAGCACUUUAAAAUUGGAGAAGGAUUUAACGUUAUCUGCUUGGAAACAUCGCCUGCUCUUCUCUCAGGGAAGGACCUCCACUCUUGAGGAUGGUACCUUAAGCUCGGGGGACAGCAACAGUUUGGAGAGACGGAUUUCACUCUUAGAUUUCAGUGAGCACCAUCACGCCUCUGAUCAUUUACAUUCAGAAGUGCUCUGCUUACGCAAAUUCCUCCCAGUUUCAUCCAAGGAAAACUUACACUCACCAGUGACCAACCUGUCAAGUGACCUGUAUGACUCAUCCAAUGUUUUGUGCACACCAUCAUCAAUACAUACACCUAAAUGCAUCAGGUUUCUGCGUGAGGACAGUGGCUUCAGCUCCCUCGAUAAAUCCCAAGACUCUUCUGUCGACCACAAUGGUUCCUUCCAGGAGUUAUUGCUUUCCGCUUCGAAAAGAAACUCCGAAACCCCCAAUCUGACGGAUACAAAGCGGCGCUCCCGUUUGCAACGUCAGAAAAGACUUUCCACUCUAGAGGAAGGAGGCUCGUUGUCUGAUGAAGACCAGUCGGACAGAAAGCAUCAGUACAGCCACACUUGUAUCAAUGAGGUUUUUAAGGAAACCCCUACCAAGGUUCUGUCUGUAAAAUGCAUCAAAACAACCUCUGAUGGGCUGGAAUCAACUAGUCAAAGUUAUACAACACCUCUGCGUAAAACUACAGCCACGCCAGAUAACCCGCAUUCUAGAACCACAUCUGUUAAAUCCCAUACGACCCCCAAGACACGAACAAUAACAACCAACCUCUCCCUGACACCUGCUUUACAGCUGAUACAUAAUAUGUGUGAACAGAGGACUAAGAUGUAUCCCUGCAAAAGUCCUAGUCUCAAAGUCCAUCUGAGGACCAUAGCAGCACUUGCUGAGGCCCCCACAAUGUUUGGGACAUCGAUGCCGUUGGCGGGGCUGAUUGGCCGGAAGAUGGGCCUGGGAAAGGUGGACAUAUUAACAGAGCUGAGGAAGAGGAACCUCGGGCACAUACUGGCUGUUGUUUUCGGUCACUUGUCUCCUGAGUGUGUAUACAGAUGUGGUCAGGUCUGUAAAGACUGGAAUGAAAUAAUCCAGCAUGACAAGCAAGCUCACUUGAAGAGAGAAAUUCACCGCAGUGCAGUAGAAGGUGCUUUGGAGCUUGGUGGAACUGGUCAUGUGACUAAUGCUGAGAACAGAUUGGCACGGCUUCAAAGGUCAGCCCUUAAGACUGUGCAGGUACAAUCGAGUACCCCAACUUACUGCACCCCACAGUCUGGAAGCCGCACUUCACAAUCCAGCUCUUUAUCUUUGGGCAACAGCACCAAACGGGACAAGUUCAUAGAAGUGGCCAAAACCCUCUUCAAGGAUGAAUGUCUCAAAGAAUGUCCUCGAUGCCAGCAUCCUGCAAAGUGUCACUUGGUGAAAGGUGAAGGUGUGUGCACGAGAGCUGACUGUGCCUUCCAGUUUUGCACAGCGUGCUUGUGUACCUUCCACGGAUCCAAAGAAUGUAGGAGCCAAUCUGCGGGCCGUCGCAGGAAAGAUGUAUUACUUCCAGGAAGUGCCCAAAGCAAACGAAAUAUUAGGAGAUUAUGA